AUGACCACUAAAGCGGAUGCCGGUUGCAGCAGAUCCGCGUAUGCGCCAAAGUACAUAUACCCUUCACUGCGUCCUGCGCUGCGGUGGUCUCAAUCUACGAACGAGACGAUACCGUCAUCACCAGCCAACGCGACGAACGCCGGCCUGGGCGCAUGGCCCGAUACUCCCUUUAAUAGGCACCUCGGCUGGGACACCGGCAUCGAAAUCAUCAGCUGCACACCCGCUUCCCCUUCAGACCCUACUUCCGAAAUGGGUGUUCUCGAAGGAAUCAGCAUCAUUGGCGCGAAAGCUCGCUCCCAGAGUCGCCUGGCUCUCAUUGAAAACUUCCACGAGGACAGUGGCCCCGUGACGUUUGAUUUCCAUGCAACAGAAGAUCUUUUUCGCGGAUCAGACGUUGGCAAGAUUCUCGAUGUACUCUGGGAGAUGACAAACCAGUAUGGAAAGGGCGGAGUCUAUGGAUGUCUUGUCGUGGAGGAUAUCCACACUGCAUAUUUCAAUCUUGCACUCAAGAGAGUGGCUGUGGCGAAGUGA